GCGUGUCUUUCACUCUCUUCCUUUCCUUCAUCCCUUCCCUGGGACCUAUAUAUACUCCCUCUCUUCCCUUUUCCUUCAUCCACAUCACAAAAAUUACAACACCAAUCUCACCCAUUUCAAAAAAAGGCCGUUAGUGUUACUAUUCGUAAAAUGGCCACUCUUGUUCUUUCCCAAUUCUUUCUCAAACUCUUGCUCCUAAUUUCAGUCUUUCAGCUUUCCUUUGCUGCUAGGAGACUCAACCAGCUGGUUCAGGUCCAGUCUCAGUUACUCCAUUACCACAACGGUCCUCUUCUAUACGGCAAAAUCGCCGUGAACCUAAUCUGGUAUGGUCACUUCAAACCAUCCCAAAAGGCCAUCAUCACCGAUUUCGUUACCUCACUGUCAUCCCCAUCGUCUCAGAGCAGCCAGCCAUCUGUUGCCACGUGGUGGAAAACCACGGAGAAGUACUACCACCUGAGUCCCAAGAACAAGAAGGCUGCUUCUUCUCUUUCUCUAUCACUGGGCGAUCAGAUUCUCGACGAGGGUUUCUCGCUGGGGAAGUCACUAACCAGCAAGAACCUCGUCGAGCUGGCAUCCAAAGGGGGACAAAGGAACGCCAUCAACGUUGUUCUGACAUCCGCUGACGUGGCAGUCGAAGGUUUCUGUAUGAGCCGAUGUGGGACCCACGGCUCCUCCUCUUCUGCAUCUCACGUGAAGAAGAACAACAACGGCAAGAACUACAAGUUCGCUUACAUCUGGGUCGGAAACUCCGAAACCCAAUGCCCGGGGCAAUGCGCUUGGCCAUUCCACCAACCCAUUUAUGGGCCCCAGAGCCCACCCUUGGUUGCUCCCAACAACGAUGUGGGACUUGACGGAAUGGUCAUAAACCUCGCUAGCCUCCUUGCCGGAACCGCCACCAACCCAUUCGGAAACGGUUACUUCCAGGGUCCCGCGGAGGCUCCGCUCGAAGCUGCGUCGGCUUGCCCUGGGGUUUAUGGGAAAGGGGCGUACCCUGGUUAUGCUGGGAACUUGCUGGUUGACUCUGCCACUGGUGCUAGCUACAAUGUGGAGGGGGAUAAUGGGAGGAAGUACCUUGUUCCUGCUCUGUAUGAUCCUUCUACAUCGUCUUGCUCAACGCCCGUCUGAGAAGGAGGAUUAUUAUGGUGAUGCCGAUCGUUCAGUUCUCACUGCUGCUGCUAGCCUGCUACUACGAUGAUGUUAGAAACCACGGAUUAGGGAGUGUACAAAACUUCUAAUAACCCAUUUUGUAGGAUUAUUUCAUUGAUUUGUUUGUUUAUAUCAUCUGGAUAUGUACGCGGAUUAAGGAUCUUAUGUAAGUAGAAGCAAAUGUUCUUCCGUUUGCUUUUAAAUAAUAUUGAAAUAUUACUCUUCGCUAAAA